CUUCCUUUCUAUCGUUCCAUGACGCAGCACGCGCAGUGAUCCACUCGAAAAACGCCCCAGUAUCCUGUUCUGCCACUUAAACACACAACAGUUAGUGGGCGCAUAUUUGAAUCAACUCUGACCUCAAGAGUAGAACUGACCUGUGACGAUAAAACUAAAAGCCUUGCGAAAGUUUUCUUUCUCGGCAGCAUUUCGUCGCGGCGAAAACAUCAGAAAUGUUGAAGUUUCUGUUCCUAGCUGUAAUAUUGGUGGUUAGUGUAUCUGUUCGAUCAGAGCCAACAUGGCAAGGGUUAAGAGUUACUUGGGGAGUCAACUUACUAAGUUCUCGAAUUUUCGCCAAACUUCCUAUGACCGAAAGCAAGGCCAGAAGUGAAGGAUUUGCAAAGAUAUCUUCGGAAUGUUCAGGAGGCAAGUUCUUAGGUCACCGCUACAUGAAGGGUUUGGAUACUGCCGCAGUUUUACUUUUUGAUGACAAUGGUUACAUUGCUGGAAUACAAAAUGGAAUACCAAAAAAUGACAUCGACAAAGUAAACACAACCUACGACUUUGCUGGAACAUCUGCCUACCAACUUGACAAAAUACUUGGGGAGGAGGAAGUCUACUUCACCACUGCGUACUUUGUUGAUCCUAGCAUAAUUUGCAAUGGCGGACGCACCAAGGAGCAAUUUGAGGAGGACGGUACUGGAACUGGUUUAUAUUUACAAAAUGGAACAGAUCCAAUCCGAAAUUCCGUUCAAGUACCACUGUACGAGAAGGAUUUGGAAGGAACAGAGUGGGUUAAAGGCCAAUGCUUCAGAACUAUGGGAGUACAUUAUUGGUACAAGGUGAAAGAAGACAUGUCUUGUGAGCACCUUUUCCCAUUUGCUGUAAUCUACAAUAGAGGAAAACUGACGACAUUUAACUUCUGGAACAGCGGCAAUUACGAAUUCUCUCGCAGAUUUGAACAUCCACCACUUUCUUCCCUCUCGAUGUUUUUGCCUUCUCCUUUUCCUCAAUGCAUCAAUGACCAAUACGAGAUGUCCGGUGGCAUCAGCUCCAUGCAUGUCUAUUUCACGAUAAGACCGUGGAAUUUGUUCUGCUGAAGUGAAAACAUUGCAGAAUGCAUACCAAAGAUUUCAUUCUAAGAAAAGAAAAUUUUCUGUUUUUGUGUCUGAUUUGUAUAGUUAUGAAUGUCAAUAAAUAUUUUCAAUUAA